ACCCAUUUUUUUUCCCUUUUUCUGGGAAUCGUUUGAUGAAAAGAUAGCAACAAUAACUAUCCUGCGCGAGCUGCUCAGGCUUCUGUGACUCCAAUUUCUUAGCGUCUUUUUCCUCUUCUUUUUCCAGUGUUGUUGGAUUUCAUUUCUGGGUUUGUGGGUUUGGAUUUGUCUCUGCAUCUGAUCGAUUGAGAUGGAGGAGAAGAAACAGAACCCAGCUGAGAUCAACAGCUUCUAUGUAAUUUCUAAGCUCCAGACCAACCCUUUUGACUUGAACAAGAAAAGAAAGCUACCGGCUGAACAUUUGGGCUUGCCUUCACCAAAACAUAAACACUGCAAUGAAGGCUUCCCUUCCAAGCUUGCCUUUCUGUAUAAUGGCUUACCCGAAACCGAGCACAUGAAUGUACAAUUCAUAAAGGGGAGCGCGAAUGUACUGCGUUUCGACGACGGGUCGAGUCCCGAAUCGGCAAAAGAUAGCAAUAGCUUCUGCGAAGAGUCUGAUUCUGCAACAUCUGUAUUUCAUGGAGCCAAAUUUGAACUGAACCAAGCUUGCACAUAUGACAGUUCUUCCACACAAUGUAUGAGUUUUGGUGGCGCAAGUUCUGAAAACACCCAUUUCUCAGUUGAAAGCUCCACAGCCAUGGAAUCGAGCUCGACCGAGCAGGAAGUAGCGUUUGCAAGCGGCGAAAAUAGAAUCGAAACAGUUCACAAAGUUCAGGAACAUCUACUAGAACUGGAUAGCCGUGAAGAUUAUGAUUUUGCUGAAUAUGGACAUGAUGAAACUGAGCAAUGCACAGACCAGGAACUUGAGGAUCUUUUCUACUCAAACGGAUUGGACCCAAAUGCCUAUAUUCUUUCCUCCGGACGAUGGACAGUAAACCACGAGGCUCAAUCAAGUGCUAGAGCCCCAACGAUUGAUCAAGAAUUUGAGCAGUACUUUUCCAUGCUGAUGCUGUAACUCCGAUUGCUCGUUCCGAGUACGAGCGCGACCGACAUGUAAUGUACUAACGCCAUCUAAACGUAUCGAGUUUGUAUGAAUAAUGUGGAUAUCAGUUUCAUCCUAACGAAUUGUACCGAAUGAACAUUCCGAAAAUCGUAUCGAUAGCAAUGGCGUGUUUAACUCUGUAG